AAUUGUGCUGUCUGACCGGCCCUGGGUCCUGGAAAAAGGAGGACGCUUCCGCUAGUGGGAAAGCAUGUCGAGUUUCUCUAAGGCGCCGCAGCAAUGGGCCACUUUUGCUCGAGUGUGGUAUCUCUUAGAUGGGAAAAUGCAGCCCCCUGGUAAACUUGCUGCUAUGGCAUCAAUAAAGCUUCAAGGAUUGCACAAGCCCGUGUACCAUCAACUGAGUGAUUGCGGGGAUCAUGUUGUCAUAAUGAACACAAGACACAUUGCAUUUUCUGGAAACAAAUGGGAACAAAAAGUAUACUCGUCACAUACUGGCUACCCAGGUGGAUUUAGACAAGUAACAGCUGCUCAGCUUCACCAGAAGGAUCCAGUGGCAAUUGUUAAACUAGCUAUUUAUGGUAUGCUGCCAAAAAACCUUCACAGAAGAACUAUGAUGCAACGGUUGCAUCUUUUUCCAGAUGAGGAUAUUCCAGAAGAUAUUCUUAAAAAUUUAGUAGAAGAACUUCCUCAACCACGAAAAGUGCCCAGACGUCUAGAUGAAUACACACAAGAAGAAAUAGAGGCUUUCCCAAGAGUGUGGUCUCCACCUGAAAAUUAUCGGCUGUAGGAGGACAAAAAUUGCUGGAAGUAGCAAGGAGAUGGUUGAAAUAUCUUCCUAAUGGGUUUCUCCUAACCAGCAGGACGGAGUGAAACAACUGCUGCAUUUUGACAAGUAACCUGUUACAGGUGAUGACAGUUGUGGAGAAAGAUCAGGAAGAGAUAGUCCUUCAACAGGAAACCGCAGUAAAAUAGAUGAUUUUAUAGAAUUGUUUUAUUAUGUAAUCUGAUUUGAGUGUUAUAAAUGAUAAAAAUAAAACUGCUUACUUGGUU